CCCGAAAGCUCAACGUAUACACAAAAUAUGUUCCCCAGAUGCCACAUUGCCAAACCAAAACUCCAGAGGUGAUCCUCUUGCAACACAGCCAGAUACCCCGUCGCAUUGGAAUGGUGCAGCUCAAUCCGACUCGGAGCUUUCGAAAUCCUUAGGCAACCUGAGUGAUCGCGCGACCAGCUACCUGUCUUCUUCCUACUCCACCACCACCGCCGCUGGCCGCGUAAAGACCCCCGCGCCGCAAUCAUGUCCGAGUUCGCCAUGUAUCACGCCCUUGGGGACGAUCAGCAGAACCAAGCACCACGGAAGGAUGGACACAAUCCCUUCAGUCCUCCUAUCGCACCAAGCCCCAGUGGCUACCAACAGACAGGCAGCCCAGCUUUCAGCGGGCAAGGCCCCAAUCAGUACGGACCUGGUGCUACCUCACAACAGCCAGGCUACUUCCCGCCGCAGCAGGCCUCGCCGAACCAGCCUGGACAAGAUGUCCAUAAUUUGAGCGCUCAGAUGGGUGGCAUGGGAUUAGGUGGGGAGGCGCCAGUGACGCCGAGGCACAAGAAAAAGGACAGGCACGCGUAUCAUAACAUUGAAGGUCCAGGAGGAAGCUCACAAGCGUUCAACGGAAUACCACAGGGAGGUGCCACGCCCACACAAUUCCUGAACCAGAACAGUCCGCAGGUUGGAGGUCCGCAAUGGGGCAGCCCACAGAUCACGCCAGCGAUGAACCAGUUCCCAGCACCGGCGGGGACGACCUUCUCUCCCGCCAAUCCGGCAACAUCAAUGCAGCAUGCCGCUCGAGCGGGUGGAGCACCUCUGGCAGGUUCACCAGCUUCAUCACAGCAGGGCCGCGUCGAUCCCGAGCAGAUACCCAGCAUACCCAGAUCUCGAGAUGCACCGGCCAAGUACUACCUCGAGCAUGUGUAUCCCACGAUGGAGCAUCACUUGCCGCCCCCGGCGCUGGUCCCUUUCGUUGCGUACGAUCAGGGCAAUUCGUCUCCGAAAUUCGCGAGACUUACGUUGAAUAACAUCCCCGCAUCGCAAGACGCGCUCGCACAGACUGCCCUUCCAUUGGGCUUAGUGCUCCAACCUCUGGCUCCUCUUCAAGAGGGAGAGCAGGCCAUCCCCGUCCUGGAUUAUGGCGACCAGGGACCUCCCAGGUGUAGAAGGUGCCGUGCGUACAUCAAUCCCUUCAUGGCCUUCCGUUCCGGUGGAAACAAGUUCGUCUGCAACAUGUGUACGUUCCCCAACGACGUCCCCGCGGAAUAUUUUGCGCCCACGGACCCGUCAGGCGCGAGGGUGGACAGGUUACAACGUCCGGAGUUGACGCUCGGUACGGUCGAUUUCGUGGUCCCUAAGGAAUACUGGUCCAAGGAACCUGUGGGGCUUCGCUGGUUGUUCUUGAUCGAUGUUACUGCUGAGGCUGUCAACCGCGGAUUUUUGGACGGCUUCUGUGCGGGCAUCAUUGAUGCUCUCUAUGGCGAUGGGGAGACUGAAGGUGAAGAGGGUACUAAGUCUAAGAUUCCACCAGGCGCAAAGGUUGGCAUCGUCACGUUCGACAAGGAUAUCCAUUUCUACAACCUGAACCCAAACCUUGAGAAGGCGCAGAUGCUGGUGAUGCCAGAUAUUGAGGAGCCUUUCUUGCCACUGAGUGACGGAUUGUUUGUCGAUCCCCAGGAAUCCAAGACUGUUAUCACUUCCCUACUACAGCAGCUACCUACCAUGUUCUCCGAGGUCAAGAACCCCGAGCCUGCCCUCCUCUCCACUUUGAACUCCGGCCUGGAGGCGUUGAAAGCUACCGGAGGCAAAAUAGUGUGCUCGCUUUCUGCGCUCCCAACUUGGGGACCUGGAAGGCUGUUCUUGCGUGACGAUGGCAAUGUUCAUAACACAGAUGCUGAGAAGAAGCUCCUCACUACAGAGCACCAGGGCUACCGAAAGAUCGCGCAGCAGAUGGUUGAGAGCGGCAUUGGUAUCGACUUCUUCAUGGCUGCACCAAGCGGCGGCUAUCUGGACAUUGCGACAAUCGGUCACGUUUCCGCACAAACUGGUGGCGAAGUGUUCUACUACCCCAAUUUCCAUUCUCCUCGGGACACACUGAAGCUCUGCAAGGAGAUCAAACACACAGUUACACGAGAAACAGGAUACCAGGCAUUGAUGAAGGUUCGUUGCUCCAACGGCCUGCAAGUCUCGGCAUACCACGGCAAUUUCUACCACCAUACUUUCGGUGCGGACCUAGAAUUCGGUGUUAUUGAUGCCGACAAGGCCAUCGGUGUGAUGUUCAGCUACGACGGCAAGCUAGAUCCCAAGCUUGAUGCUCACUUCCAGAGUGCUUUGCUCUACACGACAGCCAGCGGAGAGAGGCGAGUGAGGUGCAGUAACAUUGUCGCUAGCGUUAGCGAGGGUGCUGCAGAAGCGAUGAAGUUCGUUGAUCAAGACGCUGUAGUGUCCAUCAUUGCGAAGGAGGCCGCUUCCAGAAUGACUGAAAAGAAUCUUAAGGAGAUCCGCGGAGCUCUUUCCGAGAAGUCGGUUGACAUCCUCGCUGGCUAUCGCAAGAACUUCACAGGUAACAAUCCACCUGGCCAGCUCGUCCUUCCCGAGAACCUCAAGGAAUUCAGCAUGUAUAUGCUUGGUUUGAUCAAAUCGCGAGCAAUAAAGGGCGGGAAAGAACCUUCCGAUCGACGAGCUCAUGAUAUGAGAAUGAUCAAAUCGAUGGGCCCUCUUGAAUUGUCAUUGUAUCUCUAUCCCCGCAUCAUCUCGUUGCACAACCUCGACGAGACCGAUGGAUUCCCGAACGAGAAUGGACACCUCAAGAUGCCAGACACUGUGCGCGCUUCGUUCUCCAAGGUGGAAGAAGGCGGCGCAUAUCUAGUAGAUAACGGCCAGGUCUGCCUACUCUGGCUGCACGCGCAGGUAUCACCAAACCUACUCGAGGACCUGUUCGGCCCAGGUCACACGAGCUUGAAGGGACUCGACCCCUUCGCCUCGACAUUGCCUGUCCUAGAAACGCAUCUCAACGCACAAGUGCGAAACAUCCUACAGUACCUCGAGACCAGCCGAGGUUCCAAAGCACUCACACUCCAACUUGCGCGACAAGGUCUCGACGGGGCAGAAUACGAAUUUGCCCGCCUCUUGUACGAGGACCGCAACAACGAGGCACAGAGCUACGUAGACUGGCUCGUCCACGUGCACAGGCACAUCCAACUCGAGCUUGCCGGGCAACGCAAGAAGGAGCCCGAUUCGGACGGCUUGUCGGCUUCGACGUUUGUGGGAUUGCGGACACCGUACUGGGGAUAAUGAGCUUUUCAAACAAAACUCAAUUCACUAUUUCCCCGCCCUCCCUUUGGAAAGAAAUGAGAAACUGAACUUUUUAUCAUGGCGUGACGAAACCUAUUAUCAAGAUAUAAAAUGGAUGGGAAAGAGGGAGGAGGAAGGGACGGUGAUGACCUUAAACAGUGGCACUUUAUAAAGAUGGUUUUGCAUCGAUCGAAUCGUAAUUUGCAUAGCGAAAAAAUCCUACUUUAUUUUAUUCAUUUACAGAAAUCAAUAU